AUGGGCACUGGAGCAGCUGAAAUGAUGCUUCAGUAUGUCUUUAAUGGAAGCAUUUCAAUGCAUGAUAUCGAGAUCGAGAGAAGACCGUACCAUCGUAACUGCGAUUGUGCACUUCACAGAUCCAAUGGUGUCGGUUUAUACGACUGUUCACGAAGUAGAAACAUAACAUUUCCAAAGCUACAAGCAAAAACUCGUUGUUCAUUGUCCUUAGCAGCUUCCAAAUUCUCUGCUCAGUGUUCUGUGCUCAGUGACUCAUCAUCGGAUAGAAACAGAAGAAUGCAUAAUUGGCGCAUGCACAUCUAUAAAUGA